GGACCCUCGGGAACAAAUUAAUUUCGUAAGUCGGGGUUCAACUGUAAUUAUUCCUGCGUCUUUCAGGAUCUUACAAGACGACACAUUGACUAUUAAAUUUGUCGUCGCGAUUUUGAUAGUCGACGUGAUCGUGACUAGUCGACUAAUCGUGGCAGCCCUACUGGGAACACAGGGAACUUGGAGCGUGGAGAAAACACAGCGUGAUGGGACUGGUUUCCCCAAAUCUCUGACCACAACGCUACUGAAUUUUUUUGAUCUCUGCUUAAAAGUUGUGUCUAUACCAAAAAAUCCACCAAUUUAAAUUAACUCUACUAUUUAUGCCAAGAAGAAUGAUCAGAUAGCUAUCCACAAUUAUACUAGAAGCUUGUUAAUGGCUAGCAAAAGCCUUGGUUGAGGUGAAACUUGCUAAGGGAUAUUUAAACAAAUAUUAGUGGAGGUGUACAUAUAAAUUUGACUCUGCAUAUACUUUUGACUCUAUGUGGAUUAGAGAAAACCCAAGCUUUAUAAGUGCACGUAGGGAAUAUGUCUGUUAAGUAUGUAUGUUGAAGCUCUUUCUUGACUAGUAAUUCAUGUUUCAAUUGGAGAGUCAAAGAAAACCAAUGGGUUUUUCUUUCAGGUUCAAAAGUUCAUCUAGCAUGAACAACAUAAGUGUCUCAUUCCUGACUGGCCCAAAGACUACUCCUGACCCUGAUGAGGAAAAUGCUGUGAAAAAUGACUAUUCCGCAGCCAUUGGUGCCCUCAUCUUCAGCUUGGUCUUCCUCCUGGGUGUCCCUGGAAAUCUCUUCAUUGUCUGGAGCAUCCUGGCCCGCAUACGCCAACGCUCAGUCACCACCCUCCUCAUCCUCAACUUGGCAUGUGCUGAUGGGUUCCUCAUGGCUCUCACCAUCUUUUUCAUCAUCUACCUGGCCAUGCAGUCGUGGGUCUUUGGUAACACCAUGUGCAAAAUUGUGUUCUACCUGUGCAACUCCAACAUGUAUGCAUCAGUCUUUCUGAUAACCCUGAUGAGCGUGAACAGGCUGUUGGCCGUGGUCUUUCCACACACACUGUAUCACCUGAUCACCAGGAAGGUUGUGAAGAGGGUGAUCCUAGGCACAUGGGUGCUAGUGAUGGUCAUUUCCAUUCCUUCGUUGGUGUUUCGAGAUGUGAAAGAAGAAACUGAUGAUAUGAAUCAAACAACAUAUGUGUGUGCACCCAAUCACACACUGCGUAGACAUGUGAGGUUUGAGUACGCCUUUCAGACAGUGGCAGGAUUCAUUAUUCCUUAUGCAAUCAUUAUAACCAGCUACGUUCUCAUCCUGAAACGCCUGAGGGAGACCAGGUUUCAACGAAAUAUCCGCAGCGAGAAACUUAUCCUGGCUAUCGUCAUAAUGUUUGGCCUGUUCUGGUUGCCGUACCAUGUCAUCAACAUGAUACAGGUGGCAGCUGCGUGGUACCCAAAAGACUCAGCAACAAGAAAACGGUGAGUAACUGAAGAUUUUCAUAAACAUGGUGCUAAAGUUAGUGAAGUACAAUAUUGUCAUUUUAUGCAUUAUGUCCAGUAAUAACAAUACUCUGUAAUUCAAAGCUGAUAUAUGUAGUCUGUCUCUGUGCAUGCAGUGACAUACACCUAGAUUUAAUUUUUACCAUCCAGUAAACUGAAUAUACUAUAAUUGUAAAGAGUUUGAAUGUGCCGCCAUCUUCAGUAGGCUAUAUAAUAUUAUCAAAAUAUUCCAAAAUCUGGAGAAAUCUCAAUAUUCGGGCUUCAUGUGACACUGCACUAAAAGCAGGCAGGAUUCUGUUGUGGAAAAUCACUGCAGGGGUUCAGGACCACUUACAGAAAUCUCUCUGUGAAUACCAUGUUCACCUUACCAUCCAAAAGGUUGAAGCUCUAACAAACAAGAGACAGAGUAUCAUAUCGUCACUGAUUUCUAGACUCGAUUCAAUUCCAAUUCACAAGGUCCCGAUUCAAUUCGAUCCAUGAUUCGAUUCAAUUCAAUUCAAUUUUGACCCAG